CACACAGUGAGUGCAUCGAAGCUGCGACUGUCUGAAGAGUGCUGCUUAGGCAAUGCGCUUUGGACUGCCUGCUACAGAAGGAUUGCAGGCUGGUGGACCUCUGAGGGCAUUCUUUGGGGAGAAGAACUUACAGACAACAUUCUAACGGCUGUUUCCAUGGCGACCCCUAGAUUGCGUUGCUUAGUGUGUUGAUGCUCACGCUGCUGAGGACUGUGGGAUUGAGAGCGUUCUCCAUGGCGUCCGAGACCUACAUGUCGGGCACACACUCCGCUGCCUUUGUCACCUGCCCCAACGAACAGGUGGCCAAAGAUCUGGCCAGAGGCAUCGUUGAGAAGAAGCUGGCUGCUUGUGUCAACAUCGUCCCCAAAAUCACAUCUGUAUAUGAAUGGCAGGGGAAGAUCCAGGAGGAUAGUGAAGUUUUGCUGAUGAUAAAGACCAGAAGCUCUAAGGUUGCGUCUCUGGCAGAAUAUGUUAGGUCCAAUCACCCGUAUGAAGUAGCAGAGGUCAUCAGCCUACCCAUAGAGCAGGGCAACCCACCCUACCUCAAGUGGCUCGGUGACGUUGUACCAGAAUGAUGGAUGGAUGGAGAGAGGAAGGGAUAGGUGGAUGGACAGAGGGAGGCUGCGAGAAAUGUUUUUGGAAUAAUAAAAUCUGCAGAAAUGUGACUAAAACGUA